AGUAAGUAAGGUUUGUAGCUCUGACAACUUCCGGUAUACCUGAACUGUUGCCAAGCAACUCAAGUGUACACAAUCCUCAAUACAUAACAGAGGGUGUAACAUGAAUCCUUUUGCAACAAUUAAUAUCGAGUGUCAUCGAGAAUCAUCAUGCUACUCAAAUACUUAGGCAAUGUUAUGUCACCAUAUGAAUAUGAGAAUCGAGUAGUAAGCAUUGUUUGGUCACCAAACAAUCUAAAACUAGCUGUUGCAUCAUCUGAUCGUUGUAUAUAUCUUUUUGAUGAUAAGUGUGUGAAGAGGGACAAAUUUUCAACAAAACCUGUUGACUCUAAGUUUGGUAAGAAGAGUUAUGUGAUUAAAGCCAUAGCCUUUUCCCCAGAUUCUACAAAAAUAGCAGUGGGUCAGACAGAUUGCAUGAUUUAUGUAUAUAAAAUUGGGGAACAAUGGGGAGAGAAGAAAGUAAUUUGCAACAAGUUUCGUCAAAGCUCUUCAGUUACCUGCCUCAUCUGGCUAACCGAAGGGCCAAUUAUUGUUGGUUUAGUGGAUGGGAAAGUUCGUGCGGCAUUGGUGAAAUCUCAGAAAGCUCAGACUCUUUACACAGCUGAUUCAACGACCAUUGCAUUGGCUUCAAACAUCAGAGGAACCGGGUUUCUCUCAAGUCAUGCAGAUGGUAAUAUUAUAAAGUACCAUAUAACCGACGAUGGAAGUCACGAGCCGUCUGGACGUAUUUGCACGCAUACUGUGCCUGCCUAUGCGCUAGCUUGGCCCCAGUCUCACAUCUUAGCAGCAGGGUGCGACAGACGAGUGACCUUCUACGAUUCUCGUGGAAAACUGGUGAAGAAUUUCGACUACAGUCGCGAGAACGAGAAAGAAAUAGCAGUGGCAUGCUGCAGUCCAAGUGGGCAAAGCGUGGCUAUUGGAUCCUGGGAUAAAAUCCGGAUACUGGACUGGAGUCCUCGACGUUCAAUCUGGGAGGAGGCUAAUACAAAAUCUUUGCCUAAUUUUUACACUGUCACUGCAAUAUCUUGGCGCCGUGAUGGUUCCAGAUUGCUUGUGGGCAGUCUCUGCGGUGCUGUGGAACAGUUUGAAACAGUAUUGAAGAGGACGGUGAUAAGAGGCAGCCAUGAGGUAGCAUACGUUGGUCCUAGCCAGGUGGUAAUCCGACCAUUGAACGAAGGCAAUCGACCUGUUAUCAUCAGAUCACAGACAGGCAAUGAGAUAGAGGAUGUCAAAGUCCUAGGACGAGCUGAUAACAAUGUAGUAGCUCGUACAGCCAAUACCUUAUUGCUUGCUGACAUUGAAUUGAAUCUGAUCAGCGAGAUUCCCUGGGACGACAAGAGCAACGGUGAGAAAUUCUUCUUUGAGUAUCCAAGAGUCUGCCUGAUCUUCUGCUCUGGAGAAUUGACCAUCGUCGAGUAUGGAAACAACGAGCCACUGGGCUCUGUGAGGACAGAGGCGGUUAAUCCUCACGUGGUCAGUGUGAGGAUCAACGAGAGGCAAAUACCUGGAGCUCCGGACAAUAAGAGACUGGCUUAUCUAUUAGAUCCUAGAACCGUUCGCAUUACUGAUCUGAUAACCGGGAUAACGGUUGCUAUGAUUUCCCACGACGUACGCGUUGAUUGGUUGGAAUUAAGCGAAACUGGUCACAGAUUGCUAUCGAGAGACAAAAGAGCCAGACUGUGGCUAAGCGAUGAAUUAGGUGGGCGAAUUUUAUUAUUAACCGGUGUCAGUUUCGUCUCCUGGGUGUUGGGUAGCGACGUGGUCGUGGCUCAGACAGGGCAAACCCUGGCGGUUUGGUACAACGUGGACGCCCCGGAGGUAGCUACUCUGAUACCAGUCCGCGGAGACGCCGUGGACAUUGUCAGAGAAGAUGGUCGAAGUUCUGUUAUGGUAGAAGAAGUUGGAGGCAAAGUAGCUUAUUUACUCGACGAGCCGUUGAUCGAGUUUGGCACAGCUCUGCACGAUAACGAUUUUGGUAGAGCUCUGUUGUUCCUGGAGGAACUGGCGGACCGGCCCCAAGCGGAGGCCAUGUGGGAGAAUGUGGCUAGAAAUGCAAUGGCCACUAGGCAACUGUUAGUUGCUGCUAGGUGUUAUGCAGCUUUGGGAGAUGUAGCAUGUUCCAGGUUCUUGAAGAAUGUUGUACAGAUUGGAGAGAAAUACAGCGAAGAAACUGGAAACGAUCCACUCUCCAGCCCCGAUUGUUGGGCGAAGCUUGCAAUUCUGAAUGGGGAGCUGAAGACUGCUGAAGCCAUAUACUUGGAACAGAACGAGUUAGACAAGGCUCUGGACAUGUACCAAAGUUAUUGGCAUUGGGAGGAUGCACUGAUGUUGGCGCAAAAUAGAGGCUAUCUAGGUCUACAGGAACUCAGAGACAGGCAUUUAACUUGGCUACUCGAAAGUGGCCAGGCAGCUAGAGCAGCAGCUAUUCUGGAGAACACCAAUCCACGACGAGCUGUUAAACUCUACCUGGAUGCUCGUCGACCUGGACGAGCAGCUCGAUUAGUCCUGGCCGACGAUGAGCUAUUAAAUGACAAGUCGAUCGUUAAUGAAAUUGUAAGGGUACUGAAGGCGACAGACUUGAUGGAGCUCGCCGGAGAGCUGUUGGAAAAGACUUCAGAACCCCAGGAGGCUAUCAAGUGUUAUUCUCAAGCUGGUGUGUUUGCAAGAGCAGUGGAAUUGGCUAGGGAGGUGGAUCCAACCUCGGUGGUUGAUCUGGAAAGAGACUGGGGCAAACACCUGGCAUCGGCUGGCCACUAUGAUGCUGCCAUUAAUCAUUUUAUAGAAGCAGGUGAGACAGCUCUAGCUCUGGAUGCCGCUAUCAAUGCUCGUCAGUGGAGAAAAGGCUUGCAAAUUGUCCAAGUCAUAGAGCACGAUAACCCUACCAUCCGCAAGCAGUGUGAAAAACUUGGCGAGUAUUUCGCCUCGAUAGGGGAAAAGAGUCUGGCAGAGAAGCUUUUCAUCCGCGCCGGGGAUGCUCGACGUGCCGUGGAGGUACACGUGCAAAGUGGCAACUGGAGUCGUGCCCAUGAAGUGGCGCAAGCGUACAUGACUCCCGGCGAGGCGAACGAGGUGCUGUCCAAACAUGCCGUCGAUCUUUGCGAGGCAGGGGACCUGAAGCAUGCCGAGGAGUUGUAUCUCGCCAUCGGUCAGUACGAUUCGGCUAUAUCGAUGUACAAAAAGGCUGGUCGUCGCCCGGACAUGAUUCGCCUGGUGGCGAAGUAUAGGUCAGAUUUGCUGGACGCGACACACGUGCACUUAGCCAAGGAAUUGGAUGCCUCGGGCAAACCCCGGGAAGCCGAAGAGCAUUAUCUUGCAGCCGGCGAUUGGAAGGCUGCUAUCGCCGCUUAUAGGUCAGCCAACAUGUGGGAGGAUGCUCUUCGCGUUGCCAAACAGAACGCCGGGGACAAUGCUGCCCAACAGGUCGCCUUACUGUGGGCACGUACACUGGCUCCAGAGCUAGCAGCAAGAUUGCUGAUACGUUUAAAUUAUUUGGACAGUUGUCUUCAGCUAGCCUGCGAGGCGGGUCUCUUCGACUGGGCUUUAGAAAUUUCCAAGUACGGUAGCGCUGAGCAGAAGAAGGAGGUUCAUUAUAGAUACGCAAUGGCGUUGGAGGAUGCAGGUCGCUUCUCUGAAGCUGAGAAGGAGUUCAUCAAAGCGGAGAGAAUGAUGGAAGCGGUACAGAUGUACAUACACAACCGCGAUUGGGAAGCAGCUGAGGAUGUGGCGCAGUCUAUCAAUCAGGAUGUGGUUGCACAAGUGCUGAUCGCCAGGGCGAACGAAGCUGCAGAAGCUCAGGAUUAUUCCUUAGCCGAGACUUUACUCUUGAGAGCGUAUAAACCAGAGAUGAUCAUUGAACAUUACAAAAAAGCAGGCAUGUGGUCCGAGGCGUUGCGAGUUUGCAGGGAGUACCUGCCUAGUCAGGAAGCCAAUCUUCGCCGAGAAUUGGGCCAAAAGAGCGCUUCCCUAGCCGGCGCGAAUGCUUUGGAGGAAGCGAAAAAGUGGCUAGAGGUUGGAGAAGUGCGAGCCGCUUUGGAUAUCUUGGUUCUAGACCCUCAAGCACCUAGACCGUCCCUCAUACGGGCAGCUGAUAUUCUUCUUCAUCAAGCUGAUCCAGAAACUGCUGCUCAAGUUGGCGGAGAUCUUGGCGCACGAUUAUUUGCUGUCGGUGAACACGCUCUUGCGGCGCAGGUGUUCUUGCAAGCUGAUAGAUUGAAAGAUGCUAUUGAUGCAUUGGCAUCCGUUGGAGAAUGGGAGAGAGCUAAACGUAUAGCCAGAGAAUUGGCACCAGACAUAGAGCCCUACCUCGAAGAGAAAUACAAAGAAGCCAUGUUGAGAGACGGACAAAUAGAUAGGCUAGUGGAGAUAGACGCAGAGGCUGGCCUUGAAGUACUGGCUAACAAAGGACAGUGGAAUCAAGUGUUUGAAACUGCAAGUUCUCAGGGUUCUCAGGUUUUGCACAAAUAUGUUGCGCAAAGAGCUGUGCAGCUUAUGAAGUCCAACGCUUCCCUUGAAGCUUUACAGUUGUACGUUAGAUAUGGAACACCUCCUGUUCCACAAAAUUUCAAUCUCUAUCUACAAUUAUCAGAAAGUGUUCUGAAUUCAGAGGCAUAUCACGAGUACAAGUAUCUUGCUCUUCUAAGAACCGUUCUCUUGGACCUUUGGAACAGUUUGAAAUCCUCUGAAGAUGCACCCAGAUUGAAAUUUGAGAGGUUACUCGAGGCGACACACUAUUCAGCUGUGAAACAGGGAUGCCGUGAUUAUUCAGUACUCUCUGGACUGGUUUUAAAAGCGUCCAUAACUCUGUUAAGGUACACCGACAUUAUCCUUGCUGAUCGAGCUUACUACGAAGCUGGAACCGAGGCACGGACAGCUGGAUUAAACAGCGAGGCGUUCGUUUUUCUUAAUCACUUCCUGGAUUUGGAGGAGUGCAUAGAAGAGGGCGACAGUACUGUGAUGGAUGUCGACGACCUAGCUGUGACAGACUUCCCAGUAGAGGUUCCAUUGCCGGAAUCUUUGAGUUUGAGCGCGCAACAACGAGAAGAAGCCCGUGAAUGGGUACUGGCAGUGUCCAUGGAUCAGAAAGUGGAACAAGUUCUGCCUGCUGAUCAUAGAGGAGUCUACGUUGGAUCAUUGACUUCUCCAUCGAGUGGUGCUGGAGCUUUGCAAGGUUGCAUCUUAACAGGAUAUCCUGUACGAGGUCCAAUUAUUCGUUUCGCAGAGGGUAAGCGAGCAGCUGACCGUGAUGAUUGGACUAAAAUGAUUAACACAGCACGUCAGGCUCCUCAAGAUUCAGUACUUAACGAUAUCUUAGCUUUUAUUCAAGAGUGGUGCGGAGCAGUUCCCAAUUACUCUUUCUAAAACCUACUUAAUUCACAAUCUCUUGAUUCUCAUGUCUUAAAUUGAUUCUAUGUAUAACAAUGAAAAUCCUAACGAGUUAGAAACUAAUCACUCGUUGUCUGAACACCUAUCCACGAUGGAUAUUUAUGACUACUUGGUGAUGACUAUGCGUGUGUUGCAUUUGUA